ACUCCGAUCGUGUUUUCUCGGGACGAGCGGUUCGCCCAGAGCUUGCGAGCGCGCUUGGGGGUGGAUCGGGGACUGUCCCUGUCGGCCGAGGGGCUUUGCUUCACACCGGAGGGGGCUCGUUUUCUUUUUUAUCUGGUCAUCGACUUGGCCAGCCAGCAGGAACCAGGCGACCACGGUCAUUGGAAACGCUGCUUCCAGGGGUGCCUGGGGUUUUUCCUACUCGCUCCAAAUCCUUCUCCACCGCGUUUUCCUCCGUGUGUGGACUCCGACUGAGAUCUUUUACACACUCUUUGCUUUCAAAACCCUGGUUUAACAAGUUCUGCGCGAGGAGCAGUGCUGUUGUGCAGAGUGACGAUGGGCUGGUUUUCAGUCCUUCAGGGACUCCAGGGCUGAACCCUGCAGGUUGUGAACGUGUUUGUCCUCAUGUACUGAGAAGGUGGAAUAAAGCAGGAGCUUGGGAGAGUGAGGGAGGGAGCUGCAAGAAGUUAACGUGUAAGACAGUCUGGGGACACGCACGUUAGUCAUUAGAUGAAAUGGACUUCUUUCUGCUUUCUUCCUUAAGCUGGUGUCUUUUGGAUCAAGGUGUGGUAGUGGAGAAUGGGCAUUUUUGUUCUCCUUGAAUUGGAUCAAUCUGUAGACUUGGGAAGGAAUUUGUGUGAAAAGUCGUCUAGUUUACCACUGACUGAAAACGGAAACGUUUUUAUGUUUAGUAGUUUGUUUUAUGAAGAGUACAUUAUAAAUUAGAAGCAAUUUACUAUUGGUAAGGAAACACAAAUGCUUAUUUUUAUCAGGAUGUUGCCGUGCCUGUUACAGGAAGCACAUUGAUUCAGAGUUGGCAGUGCUUUUGAAAAUGAAGAUCUGUCAUGUAUAUACAGAUUUUUAAAUGAGAGGAAAUGCAGAUAAUUAAAAUGGCUGGAAUUUUCCCAUUACAGCUGUAAAGGCCAAACGCUUAUUUGUGCAUGCAAGUUAUCUAUCUCAUUAUGUGAGCGAGCCCUUAUUUAAACUUUAAAAAAUCUUUUAUGAUUUCAAAUGUGAAUUCCUUUUCACAUGAACAGAGCUGUACAUUGAGUUAUGUGUGUGUGUGCACUUUAGUGGCUAUAAAACAUCAAGAGCUGCUGUAUUCAUCUAGAUUCAUUUGCAUCUUGUACAUUCAUAAUGAGCUCGCUUUAAAAUCCUGAUUGCUACAGAAAAUGACUUCUUAUUUUGAGAAUCCAUUUUAGUUUGGGAUCUCCUUGAUUUUUUUUUAAUGCACGAGGUAUACCUUGAUUAAUUUCCUCAUUAAUCUAAUGCUUGUAACAGCAAACAAAUGACAAAAAAGCAACAGCACAAAAGCCAUUUUUUUUAAGUGGGGAUUUUCCUUUAUAGACAACACUAUCGAGGUGACGCCUGAGGUUUCUAUUCCAGCGCUUAUACUCAAUAUUCCCUACAAGGGCAUACUCCAUUUUAAUUCCUUUACAUUUACAAACAGGAAGGCACUACUUCUUCUUGAUUCUGCUUUUUAAAAUUUGAAAAACCUUCUAACUUUUAUGGCAUGGGGUCUCUUGCUUACAUUCUUCUUCUAUGAUGUGGUCCUCGGCCUCUCUUGGACUUGGACUCCGGCCAAGACCCCAGCAUCAUUGUAAUCCGCUGAUGAAGGCGAUCAUUACCAGGUGGUUUAGGAUUUCAGAUGCAUGCCAGGUUCCCACUGAUUGUCAGAUUUCGAGAUCACUACACAUGGAUCCCCCAAGUCAACAUGGCAGUGGCAGUUCGUUAGUUGUGGUCCAGCAGCCUGCACUGGGUAAUCGGCAGAGGCUAGACUAUGAGAGAGAGAUUCAGCCUGCUGCUAUUUUGUCCCUAGACCAGAUCAAGGCCAUCAGAGGCAGCAACGAAUACACGGAAGGGCCGUCAGUGGUGAAAAGACCUGCUCCUCGAACGGCACCAAGACCAGAAAAGCACGAAAGGACUCAUGAAAUCAUACCGAUCAAUGUGAAUAAUAACUAUGAGCAUAGACCUACAAGCCAUCUGGGACACACAGGACCCUCGAAUACUGCCCGAGGCCCCAUUUUGAGCAGAUCCACCAGCACUGGAAGUGCAGCCAGUUCUGGGAGCAACAGCAGUGCCUCUUCCGAGCAGGGGCUGUUGGGAAGGUCACCGCCAGCCAGACCAGUCCCUGGUCAUCGGUCGGAAAGGGCAAUCCGGACCCAGCCCAAGCAGUUGAUUGUGGAUGACUUGAAGGUUUCGUUGAAAGAGGACCUGACACAGCACAAGUUCAUUUGUGAACAGUGUGGGAAGUGCAAGUGUGGCGAAUGCACGGCGCCCAGGACCCUGCCGUCCUGCCUGGCCUGUGACCGGCAGUGCCUCUGCUCUGCUGAGAGCAUGGUAGAGUAUGGGACCUGCAUGUGUUUGGUCAAGGGCAUCUUCUACCACUGCUCCAACGACGAUGAAGGGGAUUCUUACUCGGAUAAUCCUUGCUCCUGCUCCCAGUCCCACUGCUGCUCUAGGUACCUGUGUAUGGGAGCCAUGUCUCUCUUUUUACCUUGCUUGCUCUGCUAUCCUCCUGCCAAGGGAUGCCUGAAGCUGUGCAGGGGGUGUUAUGACUGGAUCCAUCGCCCAGGGUGCAGAUGCAAGAACUCCAACACUGUCUACUGUAAGCUGGAGAGCUGCCCCUCCCGGGGUCAGGGUAAACCGUCAUGAUUUGGGGAGAUGGGUCGGACCUCCUGAACUUCUAGCUUUCAAGCUGUGGCUGUUCCGGAAGAUACUAGUAGAUACUGGUUUUAUUUCCUUUACAGUUUCUCCCUGUUCCCCGCCUUCUCUUCCCCUGUCCCCAAGGUUUGACUCAUGGAUUUUACUCCAGUGGAUGGUCUUCAGGAAGCGUGGACUGAAACUGCACCUGGCCCCCACUCGGGACAGGCGCCUCUGCCCUCCCCUCGAGAGGGUGUCAAGAGCCAGUGGGGUUUUUGUGUAGCCUUUUUGUUCUGCAAGCAACGUGCCCAGGCGACAGUGAUUUAGAGCUGGUUUUGAUGGGGUACUCUGGGAGCAGGGAAGUUGGUUUUUAAAGAAGCAACCAUUUAAUUGCUUACAUAAGCUAUGUAUUAAAUCUCUCUCCAAUUAGGACUGUCUUCAUAGCAUUGGCCCCUUAAGUAGCAUGGGGGAUAUAUUUUUGUUACAACGUAAAUAUUUUCCUUUUAACCACUGCCCUCCCCUGUCCCCUCAAAGUUCUCUCCCCUCCGUUUUGGCGUCAUCUUCCAGAGGUGUGCCAGGUUAUUUCUUUUUUUGCCUGUGUAAUUUUAGAUUGGCUUUACGAUGUACAUCUUCACAUUGGAGAUAUAUUGGUUGUAUCUGGCUUAUCCUUAUUCUAGCUUUCAUGUUUCCGAAGGACUCAGCUGCCUUCCUUCCACAUCCCAUGCUUUUCACCAAAUUUCUCUUGUCAUUGAGGGCACUUGGAUAACUGAAGUUAAUAUUUAUAGCUGAUCAGUCUACAGGUGUCACAGAACUCUGCUGCCUUAAAGUGAUCUGGGUUCCUUGAUGGUCCUUUUGGCCCCUUGGUUAGUUAACAGUGGAGUAAUUCUAAUUUUUUCUGUGUUUUCAUUGCCUUAACCACAAAUUGUGGUGCUUUUUGUAUAUUUUAUGUAUAAAUCACAAAGUUGAAUUCUGACUAUUUUUAAGACAAAAGUCUGUUAAACUUUUUUAUUGUAAAGAAUAUUUAUUAUGCGAAUCUCUAUUAUUUUAAGAUAUUUAUUACAAAAGACUGUUGAAAUGUACUCAUGUCUGAAUAUAACAAAAUAUCAAUACAUAACGGAAAAUAAGGUGACACGAAGAAAGUACGUAUGUUAACUAUAAUGCAGAAAAUAUAUUAAUUAAUGAAACUGUCUCUUGAAUCAUUUAUUAGCCUGUAGUGUCAUGGUGAUUUUUGUCAUUUGCUUUGACUCUUCAUUCACACCCAUUUUAUUUCUUUCCCUUAACGUACUGAAUCUAGACACAGGUGAGCUCAAAUUUUGAGCUACACGUUUCCUCGAAAAGGCGUUAAUCAAAAUUUUGUAAUCCAAAUUCUGUUUCAACAAAUUCCCAAGUGAAUCACUGUGAAGUGAAAAUUUUUUGUAAUUAAUAUUAACAAUCACUCCCUACUUUAGCUAUUUUGUAAGCAAGAGGUUUUGUGGAUGUUGUAGUUUCUUAGAAUGGGACAUAUCUGGAAGUUUUAAGAAAUGUUCAUAACUCUUGGGUUAAUUAGAAAUUAAUCUUCCUUUGCAGACUUAGGUCUGCAGGUAUGCUUGGCAUCUCAGCACUGUCACUUUAAUAAAACAUUCUGGAAGUUAGAGUACACCAAGAAAGUAGUUCACAUUAUCAAAGAGAUGUUUUAAAAACAUUCCUGUCCCUACUUUUUGCUUCCUUGUAAUAAGUCUUUAAUGUGGCCUGGUCAAAUUAUAUUUUAUCAUGUCCUGUGGAAUAAGAAAUCUGAGGGUCUGAAACUUUGUAUGGAAAAAGUAAAUUUUUUUUUUAUUUUUUAGUCUGCUGACACCACCACAGCUAGAAUCUGUGGGUCUGAUAAAAUUUGGUUCCAGUGGAUCUUCAGACUCAGUGUCACUAACUCCCCAUGCCUAAGUGAUGUGUCAAACCUGGAUAACGAUCUGCGUUUGAGAAGACCAUUUUGACAUAAUUUGAACCCAGGAUUUAGGCUAUCAAAACUCACCCGGUCUUUCUGAUCUGGUUGGUACCUCUUAAGAUAGGAGCUUUUGUUCUUUGUAAAUAGGCUUUAGUUUUGUUUUAAGUAGACAAAACAUGAGUGAUAGAAGAAGCUUGUUUUAGUGCUGUCUGAUGAAGCCAUGAAACCUAUUAGUUGGCAUUGUGGCAUUUGAUAUAAUCCAAUAGUUUAUGCUCUGAAGGCAUAUGAAUAUUUGUGGUUUUGGAGUCUACUUCAUAAUCUAUAGUGUUUUAAAAUGUGAACUUCUUUUCUCUCGCACUCAUGUGAUAUCACUGGUCCCUUAAUACUGAGUAUUUCAUUGAGAUUUGGCUCAUAAUGAAGUGUAUAAAUACACUCUCCCUCAAAAUACUCUGUCACUUUGUUCUGUUACUUACUGUUCAGACCCUUGGUAUAAUUAGGAGUUGGUGGAAGGGCUGUCUGUAGUUAUACUAACCAGACUAAAAAGCUGUAGUUUUUAUUGAAAGAAAUGUAUAACUUUUAUGAGAAUGAGGUAUGCUGUGGAGUUUUAACUUCUGGCUUAUAUGCAGAAUGCAUGAAAAUUACAAUAUUAAGAUGGUGGUCUGCUGCUCGCUCUGUGUCCGCCCUCUGACAUGCUGAUAGGUUAGAGGUUCAGACUUCGACAGGCUCGUCAGGUGGCAAACCAAAAACACUUUGAUUCAGAACUUCCUCCUUUGUGAUGGUUUAAACUUGGAAGGAAAAAAUAUUAGGGUGUGUCCUCAUAAGUGCUUAUGAGUCCCUAGGCUUUUUGAGUCUAAUACAGAUCGUCAUUUUAAAGUGCUAAGGCUUGGAAAGCAUCAGCAAAACUGGAAUUUCUUACAAUACGACUGCCAUGUAUUUGAUACUGCCAAAUGGAAAAGCGUGCCAGAUAGGUGGGCCAACCUUUUCUUUUUAUUCCACGUUUUGUCCCUCUCCCUCAACCACUGCAGCUUGACAGAAGGAACAUUUUUGUUAAAGAGUUCCCUAGCAGCAUAUUUUCUGACUGCCAAUUUUUUUGUUUCAAAAGAGGUUUUUUUCUUCAAGAUAAUUUAAUUGUGAAUAAAACCAAUACCGGAUUUCUGUAAUUGAGUAGUUUCCUGUCAACAGAAUUUAUAAAAUGUAACCUAGCAGAAAAAUGAAAUGUAGAUAAUGCUUCUCUUUUUGUGAUGGCCUAAGGUGAAUCCUUAAAUUAUAGUCUGUUAUAAUUAUUUUAUGGUUUUCAAAAUCCAAACCAUAGACCAUUCCAGUUAUGACUAAGAAAAAUAAAAGUUAAAAAACAGUGGUCUUAAAGUGAAAGGAAGUAAGUUAAAAACUAAUCAUGUUUUUCCCCUAAGGUUGGUAUUGGAACCACCAAACUCAGAGGAUUCAUUUCUCAGAAGAUGAAUUUAAUUUCUGAAAUUGUCUCCUUUUCCUAAAAAAAAAUUUUUUUAAAUAGUGUUGUAUUUCAUGGUAGUUUUUAUGCAUGCUCUUUAGCAAAAAAAAAAAAAAAAAAAA